AUGAGAUUGGAAAGCGAAACAAACUGUAAUUUUUUUCUAGAUAAACAGAAAAGAAAAGAUGUAUGGGAACAUACAACAGAAGGAUGGAACACUAAAUUAGAGAAUAAAAUAAAUACAUGCAGUGAUAAUUGUUAUGAAAAUGCAAUUUUAGUUAAUAAACCAUUUCAAUCAACCGAUCUAAAUCAAGGUAUAAAUUGUAAAGGAGAUAAUAUAAUUGAUAAGAGUAAUUUAAUAGAGAACAACAAUAUAGAAGAAGAUAACAUAAUGAAAAUACAGACAUCAAAUUUAAUCUUAAAUGAAAUCAAAUGUACAAACAAAACUAAAUACAUGUAUUUGUUAUUUUUUAUAUCCGGUAGAACUUUAUUGGGGGUGAGUAGGGAAAUAUUAGAAGUAUAUUCAAAAGUAGUUGUAGCAUCAGAUAGAGGAGAAGAUUUAGCAACAGUAAUAGCAGAGUAUGAUUCAGACGUUAAUAAGAGAGAUUUUUAUAAAAAUUUAAUAGAAACAUAUAAUGAUGUGUAUAUCCGAGAGGGAUAUGAUGAAAAUACAGUUAUGUUUUUUAAAACCAACUACCUAAAUAACAAACCAAUAGAAAUAUUGAGAGUUUCAAGGAAAAUAUCACCAGUGUUCUUAUAUUCAGAUAAAGAAAAGAGUGCUUUAAAAACAAUAAAUCAGUUAAAAGAAGCUUAUAAACUGGAUGUAGAAAUAACUAAAUGUGAAUAUCAAUGGGAUGGUAAAAGAGUGACUGUUUAUUAUAGAGCAUCAGAAAGAAUAGAUUUUAGAGCGCUAGUUAGAGAAUUAUUUAAAUAUUUUAAAAUAAGAAUUUGGAUGUGUUCUGAGAAUAGAGAAUUAUAUAAGCAACAAUAA